AUGGAGGUGAGUUUGAGCGAUGCCGAAAAAAUGUUCAUAAUACACGGAGCGCAGGUUGGGCUACGAGCCGAUGGACGCGGGCCACUUGAUUAUCGACCUAUUGAAAUCCAGACAGGUGUCCUGGCGACAACAAAUGGCUCGGCACGUGUACGAUUGGCUUCAACCGAUUUGCUGAUCGGUGUCAAAGCCGAACUGGUAACAGUGGACGAUAUGGCCGAGUAUCGAAAUCGUCUGAAUUUCUUCGUGGAUUGCUCGGCCAAUGCUACACCUCUUUUUGCCGGACGAGGUGGUGAUGAAUUUGCUGAACAAGUGAGUGCAGCACUGGAUGCAGCCUAUGACAGUGAAUUGGUGCUUCCGGAUUUGAAAAAGCUGAUCAUAUCACCGAUGCAUGCAUGGAAGGUGUUUGUCGAUGUGGUGCUCCUGCAGUGUGGUGGAAAUGUCAUCGAUGCUGCCGCUCUUGGGGUGAAAGCGGCAUUGCAUAACACAGAAAUCAGUGAAGUAAUAGUGCGACCAGCAGACGAAGGAAAAUAUACGGUUGACUUGCCGGACGAUAAUACCGUAUGGAAAUUGGACACGUCAAGGUAA